CACGACGCAGCGUGUUCCGGUAUGCGGUCGCCCGAUUUGAAAAAUCGCUCGUAACUCGGCUUCUCAUCGGGGUACGUACAUGCGGAAAAUGCAUCCAACAAGUCGAAGAUUUCAUUAUUCGAUUAUUUUAGAAAUCAUGCACGCAGACCUCGCGGUUCCUGAGAUAUGACGGCUUAGACUGAUGCGUGUUUGCGAACGAUCCGAGACAGUGGGGGGAAAUACGCGCAGCUCGAAAACAGCGUACCGUGGCUCGCCGCACAGGCCGGGCCGAAUGAGUAUUCAGACACGUUUAGUCAGUUCGACGGAGAAGGUCGGUCGGUGUAUGUCGUAUGUGUUAAGUUAGCGCGCGAGGACGAUAGCGAUUUUUAUUAUUUCGUCGAGGUGCUAUCGUGACGGUUACGAAUAUCGCGAUGAAGGCACGAGUGCGAACGAUGUCAUUGCGCGAGAGAGCUAAAGUAUCGAAACGUGAUCAGUGAUUGUAAAAUUAGUGUGAAAACAGUGAUAUGUGAAUUACUGUAGUUUUUGUUGUUGAACAUAAACAAAUGUGUGUGUAUUCUGUGUAAAGUACCGGUCAGCUCCGUGCCCCAAGGUCAGAAUGUUAGAGAUGGAGUUGGUGCCUCCUCAUCUGAAAUCUGUGUUGCAAACGUAUCAGCACAGCGCGACGAGGAGUCUACAAGGACCUGGUCUGUCGUUGAUCGUGCCAAAGAAAGAGCUGGCGUCGCCGACUUCCGAAUGCAAAGAGGAACCUGUCGUCCUGUUUCCUGCGCCCGUCCAGCAACAGCCGAUUCUAUCGGCACCGGACACUGGCCGUGGCGUUCGUUCCGAAACGAUUUUAGAAGGCGAAUCGAUCUCUUGCUUCAGCGUGGGCGGCGAGAAACGUCUGUGUUUACCUCAGAUUCUUACGAGAGUUUUGACAGAUUUCAGUUUGGAUCAGAUAAAUCGGAUAUGUGAUGAACUACAGAUUUACUGCUCUAGGUGUACACCUGAGCAGUUGAGCGAGUUGAAAGUGACCGGCCUUUUACCAAAAAACGCGCCUUCGUGUGGCCUAAUAACGAAAACUGACGCCGAACGACUUUGCAGCGCUUUGCUUCACCGGACGGCGGUCAGGGCGCCUUCAAGUCGUUCUCUUGAGAAUAUGUUUUCGUUCCGCGUUUAUCACGAAUGUUUUGGAAAAGCCCGGGGUAUCUGCAGACCGGAACUCUAUACCACCAAGGAAGCGGGUUGUAUAGAAUGCACGGAAUGUCGUUGUUUAUUUUCACCGCAGAGGUUUGUGUGUCACGCACACAGGGACUUGGAAAACCGUACAUGUCAUUGGGGAUUUGAUUCUAACAAUUGGCGGGCGUAUUUGCUGGUGGCCGAAGAUCAGGAGGAUCGAGAGAAAUUGGAAAAAUUACUCGACUUUUUGCAGGAGCAGUACGAAACGCCAUCGUCGGAUGUCAACAAUGCAGCAGUUGUCAACGGACACAAACGCAAACAGGUAAUAACAGAGCCGCAACCUUUGUGUAAAGGAGAAAGUCAAUUGAAAAAGCCAAAGCUGGAAGAUUUUUAUGCCUACGUCUACGCCAUGGACCCGCAACAAUAUAUCCAAGCAAUUUACCAGUAUGAUCAUUACUCAAGGCGCACUGGCGCAUCUGCCUUUCACCCUUGGCCAUCGCAGGGGGUUAAUAAAUCAGGGACUAAAGUGCGUGAUUCACCUAUUUUUCAACACACGGACCGCCUGCUUCCCCAAGUAGACCGUGAACGAACGCUUACGGCGAACGUUACCAAGAAGCAGGACAGUAUCAGCCCUCAGCCGCCGGAAGACGUGCAGAAAGCUGAAUUUGAUAACAAAGAGACUGGAACCCUGGACAGAACGGAACCAGUCGUCACAUGUGCCAGCAAAUCCGAUUCGGACGAAACGCCAUCGGGUUCCAAUGAAAUCACAUCCUCUACGUCCCCGCCGUUGUCACAGAGUAUUGUCUGCGAGCCUCCCGAGCGGCCUCUACCGGAUUCGCUGUUGCGGGCGUUACCCGAAGAAGCUCGCAAAUAUAUAGAGAGAUUGCAGUGUGAAAACGAAAAACUGCGACAAGGCCAAGCGAACAGGGACCGGUUAAUAGAACAACUCAAAAUUCAGCAAAUGGUAUUCACGAGAUCUGAAACCAGCAAACCGUCGCCGCCCGUGCAAGAGGUUACCACAUCGCAGGACCGUGACAUCGAAAUCGCACAGGAGCCCGACUUAGCGUUGGUACCGCAAUCGGAACAGGAUGGCAAAAUGCUUUCUGAAACAUUGGUAGAACACGAGCCCUGUGGACAACUUUCCUGCGGCGACAGCCAAACACAGAAUGAUGUGACGGUCGGAGAUAACAGCGAGCAGAAGGAGGAAGGCGUGUCGGAACGCAAUUCUGACUACAAGUCAGAAAACGCAGAAAACGUACAGCCCGUACACCAGUCAGAAUCGGUGCCCGGGGUUGAACCCGAUCGCCAGAAUGUCGAAUCGAACCGUCCAGCAAACUCGCCAACUCCGACCGGCUAGAGUCUGCAGAGUGUGCAGAGUCGAUCUACACACAAUCUCUUACGUCAGGGUUCGCAAUUAAAUGGCAAAUCUGACACUAUAAAUUUUAGUGAUUUUAUAUUUUAGUGAUACAGAUUUUAAGGAUGAAAAUCGUUUUUGAGAUUUGAUGUUAUUGAAAACGUAAACUGUGAAAUUAUAACGUUUUGUUUGUUAUGAUAAUACUUUGUGUUAUUAUAACUGUUAAUAAUAAGUCGUUCAAUAAUAAACUUUUUGAUACCGCUACUACAAUUUGAGUUAGGAAUAGCGUCAUGGCUGUGCAAAAGUUGUGUAUAUAAGUUUGUUGCAAAUGAAAGAUCGAAGAUGAGUGUAAUGGGUGUGCUUUUAUAGAAAACAGUUUUGAUUUAAUUUUACAGACUUUGAAGACCCACCAUAACCUCCUUUUUGAAAAAUAUAAUAUAAAUUUGUAGGCCAGUUUAAUAUGAUUAAUUAUGUAAAAAUUUCAAAUAAUAUUAUUUGUACAAAUAUAUAUUACUAUGGUAAAAUACUACACUUAAAGAAACUUGUACAUAAUAUUUAAUUCAUUAAAUAGCUCUGUAGCAUCGUCAUUACUUAGUAACUAAGAAGGACAGUGUCAUAUUCUGAGCAAUGGGCAAUUUUUUCGCUCAUGUUAUAUACGCGUUUGUUGAACAAUGUUUAAUGCGCCCACAAUUUUUUUUAUUUAAAAAGAAAA